UUUUCCUUUCCCUUUUAAAGAAUGGAGAUCAACCUAGAGACAACUAGCAGACAGCGAUAAUUGAAGAGAUUAAACUAUUGCUAGACCUUCAGCUAAUCGUGAUGACCACACAUGUCCAGCUCAAAUCCUCACAAAUCACAAAUGCUUCAAGAACUUCAACAGUUCAACCCCCUCUGUUUUUUUUGAAUUUUUUUGGGUAGGGACAUCUUACAGCUAGAAAGAGAAUUAUAUAGUUGACAAACAGUGAUUGCAUAUCUCCAAUCUUUGUAACACAAAUCCUAAAUUCUCUGAUUCAACCAGCCAAAUCAUCAUCAUCAUCAUCUUUUCUUCAUACCAUCUUCUCUGCCUUUGUAUGUGUUCAUAUCGUUUCCAAGCUCUGAUCGGUACAAAUUUCCCCAGAUUUCCCAGGCUAUGGAAGAUGAAACCAGAGUUUUUCUCCCUAAAACCAAGCAACCUUCAGACUUCUUCGCUCAAGAAGGUGCCGAAUUGAGGAGAUUCAGAUCGUACCUGCGAUGGGUGUAUGUGGAUCAAUCCAACUUUUGCCGGGCAGCUGUCUCGUGGUCCGUGUUCUUCGUCGUCGCAUUCGUGAUUCCUAUUCUAUCCCACUUUCUUCUUCUGUGCUCCGACUGCGAUUCCGAUCAUACUCGCCCGUAUCACAUACCCGUUCAGAUUUCUCUGUCUGUGUUCGCCACUCUCUCCUUCCUCUGCCUAUCCAGGUGGGAUCGCAAGUACGGUAUGAGGAAGUUUCUGUUUCUGGAUAAAGUAAUCGAUGAGAGUGACAAGACACAAAAAGGAUAUGCAGAGCAGCUUCAGAGAACCAUGAAGCUAAUACUGCUUUGGGGGCUUCCCUGUUUCUUAGCCGAAUGUGCCUACAAGAUAUGGUGGUUCACCUCUGGAGCAUCUGAGUUGCCAUAUUACGGUAACAUAUACGUGAGCAACUUCUUACUGGGCGCUCUUGAACUGUUCUCUUGGGUUUAUCGGACCUCCAUUUUCUUCCUGGUCUGCGUCUUCUUUCGGCUCAUCUGUUACCUGCAAAUACUCAAACUUGAAGAAUUUGCUCAAGUUUUCCAUAAAGAAACUGAAGUGGCGUCUAUCUUGGUGGAGCACCUCAAACAUAGAAGAAACCUCCGCAUCAUUAGCCAUCGUUUCCGAUUUUUCAUUUUGGUUUCUCUGCUCUUGGUCACUGCAAGCCAGCUCAUUUUUCUGCUUAUGACUACAAAAACUGGUUCUGAUGUCGACAUCCUCAGGGCAGGCGAGCUUGCGUUAGUCUCCAUAACCCUGGUGAGUGGGCUAUUCAUACUAUUACGAAGUGCUACCAAGAUCACACAUAAAGCACAAUCUAUCACUGGGCUUGCUGCAAAGUGGCACGUCUGUGCAACCAUAAAUUCAUUUGACCAUGAAGGCGAGACGCCUCGUGCACCGGAACAGAUAGCUUCAUCUCAAGUUAUAGCUGCCAAUGCUCUGUUGGGAUCAGAUGAAGAUGAGGUGGGAGAUGAAGAAGAUGAGUUGGAUAACACCAAAUUGCUCCCAAUUUACGCCCACACCAUAUCUUUCCACAAGAGGCAAGCUUUAGUGACGUAUAUGGAGAACAACAGAGCAGGAAUCACAGUGUAUGGGUUCAUGCUUGACAGAAUGUGGCUCCACUCUAUUUUUGCCAUUCAAUUAGCUCUUUGCCUUUGGCUACUCAACAAGACAAUUGGUGUUUAGAGAACACUUGGAUUAUAUAGAUUACAGAAAGGAAGUACCAUAUGAUCUGGCCAAGUACCUUUUGUUGAUUCUCAGAUCCAUUCGUGCACUUGGAUCAAGUUUCUUGAUCUUUUGCAUCAUGCUGUGUUAUAGGUUAGUACAAAUUUUGUGGUUGGCUAGUGGUCCCUACAUUUUGUCGUGUAAAAAAUUAAUUACUGUGUGAAGGUUCACGAUUGAGUGAAACAGAGAGUUAUUAAUAUAUGGGAUUUAUUCUUUUUUA